GGCACGACACUUCCGGCGGCGCCUUGAGGAGCGUGCACAAGCACUUCCGGGUUGUGCGUAGCCGCAGGCGCGACCCCCGUGCCGGCCUCGAGUUUGGUGUCGUGCGACGCACAGCGGGAAUCGCUGUAACCCUGCGCUAUGUCUCGGUACGACCGGGCCAUCACUGUCUUCUCCCCAGACGGACACCUGUUCCAAGUGGAAUAUGCCCAGGAAGCGGUGAAAAAAGGAUCCACAGCGGUUGGAAUUCGAGGCACUAAUAUAGUUGUGCUCGGCGUUGAAAAAAAAUCUGUUGCCAAGCUUCAAGAUGAAAGAACUGUGAGGAAAAUUUGUGCCCUUGAUGACCAUGUCUGCAUGGCUUUUGCAGGACUGACUGCUGAUGCUCGAGUAGUAAUAAAUAGAGCCCGUGUGGAGUGCCAGAGUCAUAAGCUUACAGUUGAGGACCCCGUCUCUGUAGAAUAUAUAACUCGCUUCAUAGCAACCUUAAAACAGAAAUACACUCAGAGCAAUGGACGAAGACCUUUUGGUAUUUCUGCCUUAAUCGUAGGUUUUGAUGAUGAUGGUAUCCCAAGACUAUAUCAGACUGAUCCCUCUGGUACUUACCAUGCUUGGAAGGCAAAUGCAAUAGGUCGAAGUGCUAAAACUGUCCGAGAAUUUCUAGAAAAGAAUUACACAGAAGAUGCUAUAGCAAAUGACAAUGAAGCUAUCAAAUUAGCAAUACGAGCUUUGCUAGAAGUUGUCCAGUCUGGUGGAAAAAACAUUGAACUUGCUAUAAUAAGAAGAAACCAACCUUUGAAGAUGUUUAGUGCCAAAGAAAUUGAAUUACAGGUAAAUGAAAUAGAAAAGGAAAAGGAAGAAGCAGAGAGGAAGAAAUCAAAGAAGACUGUUUAAUUCUUUGGAUAAGCAGUGGGAAUUUUAAUAUUUUGUUGUACUCCUUAGAACUAUUUAGUGAAAUUUUACAGGAAAUAAGUUGAUUUGCAACAUAACAUUUAGUAGUUAUGUGUUGUUUUGAGAAUUUUAGAUUUGUAGCUUUCUUCAGUCUGUUACAUGGACAAAUUUACAUUAGUGUGAAGAUUUUCUUUGAAAAAAAGAGUUCAGAAAUUGUUGAAAGCAGUCAUAAUUUUACAUAGGCCUGAGAUUAUACUUUAUAACUUACCCAGCAUGUUACUUUCUUCAUAUGUGCAAGCUUAAAUUUAAAAAAUUAAUAAUUUGGUGCCAUUUGAGCGUUGACUGUCAAAGAUAGCUGUUCCAAAAUAAACUGAAUAUAAUACUGGGUUGCA